AGUACCUAAUAUGGUGCCAGAUAGGUACGUGGUACCUAGGUGCCUAACCUACUCAUAAGUAACAGGUAGGCAGCAACCGCGUUGCCCUGCCUUUCGGUAAGUUGGAGAAGUACCCGGUAGGUAUCGCUCUCGUCUCGUUCGGUGCGGCCAGGUGCCGAAGUGAGGCUGCGGGUUACAGCGUAGCACGUAACAGUCUGCCCCGGAAACCAAUCAGCUGCUAUUCAACAUUAUCCGUCAUACCAUGUAGCCUUCCACGGUUAGCUCCGACGCGACUUAUCUCAGGCUGGCAGCCUCAAAAGACCACCGCUGCCGCGAUCGCAUAAUUCUACUCCUCGAUGCUUUUUUCCCGAAGGGCGGUCUGGCUCCAAGUUCCAACGCACAACCUCCCGGACCUUCCACACCCAUUGUGCCGACAUACGUGCUACGACAUGAUAUGAUACUCUACCCAACCUACCCGCAACGACCAGCUUACUCUUCACCACAGUCUGCAGAGGAGAGAGGCUGUGAGAUCGCGAGACUAUGGAUGCACAGCGUGCCAAAAGCAAAACCGCCGACGAUGCCACCGCUGAGAUCGACUUCGUCACCUUGGGCAUGUUUAUCAUUGAUGACAUUGACUACAUGCCGCCAAAACCGCCAGUAAGGGAUAUCUUAGGCGGCGCCGGCGCCUACUCCGCUCUUGGCGCCCGGUUAUUCUCCCCCCCGCCGCUCUCGACCACCGUGGGGUGGAUCGUCGACAAGGGCUCGGACUUUCCGCCCGCCAUCGAGGAGCUCGUCUCCACGUGGGAGACCUCGGUGCUACUCCGCCUCACGCCCGAACGGCUCACAACGCGUGGCUGGAACGGCUACGACGAGCACCAGAACCGCGCCUUCCGCUAUACCACUCCCAAGAAGCGGCUCACCGCCGAGGACCUAUCACCGACACUGUUAACCUCGCGGUCGUUCCAUCUCAUCUGCUCGCCUACGCGAUGUAGAGAGCUCGUAACCGAAAUUAAAGCUCGGCGGAGCGGGCUCCUGAAUCCCGACGGCACCCAUCUACCUAGGCCCAUCUUCAUCUGGGAGCCUGUGCCGGACCUAUGCACUCCCGACGAACUGUUAAACUGUACCAACGUGCUCCCCAUCAUCGACGUCAUCAGCCCCAACCAUUCCGAACUAGCAGGGUUCAUGGGAGACUCCGGUUUGGAUCCAGACACCGGCGAGAUCAGCACGAAAGCAAUCGAGCGCGCAUGCGAACAACUCCUUGGUUCCAUGCCCCUGCAGUCGUUCUCCAUCGUCGUACGGGCGGGCGAAAAGGGGUGCUAUCUGGCGCGCAACGGCGGGCGCAAGCGAAAAGUGCACCCGAGCGCGCGACGCAAGAAGCCAUCAGCUUUUCUACACGGCGGCCUGCAACCGGACACCGAUAUGGAGGCGCUAUUCGCCGGUCUGCUCCAAGACCCCGAGGGCAUGGUAGCUAGGGAGGAGAUUGAGGUCGAUCCGGGCGUCGAGCGCUGGGUUCCCGCCUACCACACAGACGCCGCCAAGGUCGUCGACCCAACCGGGGGUGGGAACACAUUCCUAGGGGGUCUAGGCGUUGCGCUGGCAAGGGGCAAGGGCCUGGAGGAGGCGGCAGCCUGGGGCACCAUCGCGGCCAGCUUUGCCAUCGAGCAAGUCGGCACGCCGACUCUGGCGAGAGACGAGAAGGGCAGGGAGAUGUGGAACGGGGUCAGCGUGGACGAGAGGUUCGAAGAGUUCAAGACUCGCUUGGCGUUCAAUUAGAGGAGCAGGCGGAGGACUGGAGGGGGGCUUGCUGUUGUUGUUGCCAUCUAUAGAAUCAUCUUGGGGCGAGGUAGACAAAGACGAGACGAGACCCAGACGUGAGUUGGCGUAGAAGAGCAAGAAGCGCGGGGCGGUAGUAGGCGGGGGCGGGGGCGGAACAAGCACACGUGGCGCAGACAAUAAUAGAAGAGGAGCCGGGCCCGUCGGGGUCCCGGGCCCGGGUUUUGGCGCCGGAGGAGUCGUUUGGGUGGCCACCACGGCUUUUGGCGUAGAGCAGAAUAGACAAACAAGCCAAGCAGUGCGUUUUCGACCU